AUGAACGUAUCUUUCUUCAUCAUUUUCCCCAUCAUCUUUGUACGUGCAGGCGAGAGGAAGCCGACAAAGAGCCAGGAUAGGUGGACCCCGUGGGAAGAGAAACAAUUUUUCACCGCUCUAAAGGACGUCGGCUCCAACUUCGACAAGAUCGCCGAAAUAAUUCAGACGCGCAACAGGAGCCAAGUUCGUACCUUCUACAACACCGAGGUGAAACGCAUCAACACUGUGCUUGCGCCGCUUGGAGUGCAGGUGGAUCCAAGUGAUGCCGAGGAGGUGCACACAGCGAUGCACAGCUGGCACUCCAUGAAGGACAAGCUCGGCCCUGGCGGGUCCUUCCAGGAACUUUGCAAGAAACCCCAAAACAGGAAUUUGUUCGCCUGGGAUCUCAAGAAGGAGCUCGAUAAGUCGGUUUGGGCGCAGGGGAAGAAAGAGGCAAAGCUCAAGUCCCUCGGCUUGCUUCCCGCAGUGGCCGGUGAUGCGAGCGGGAAAGUUCUUGGCGUGAUGCCCGUCAAGACCACUGCCAACCGCGGCAGGCCAAAGGGCAGUGGCAUACGCACCAAAAAUACGUGUAAGGCUGAUAGUCCUGCGGGAAGGACGAAGUCCACUGGUCGAAAGGCGGCGCGGAGGGGAAGCGUUUCACCCAACGCGGCUCUCCGAGCAGCGGCGGCGACGGCUGCCAAGGAUGACUCGGUUGCGAAAGAGCAGAAGGAGCGACUCAUGCUCCAGCUCUUCCCCAUCGACACCUCCACACGCGCCGCACUCGUCGCCGGAGGAUUCAACCCUCACCUCGAGCUCACGUUCCGCGCAAAGAAGUCCGUCACCGGUCUAAUGCAGCACCUCAUCACCAAAUGGGCCGCGGCGCUGCCCCACCUGCCCGCAGGUCUCGACAAGGAGACUGCCGUGCUUCAGCUGUAUCCGUUUGAGGCGGCGUCCGCAUCUGACGCCAAAGGUGCCUGGAACCAUCGCCACGAAGGCGUCACUGCAACAGACAUCUUUGAUGCAAUCGGACGACCCGCAGCGUUCAGAGUUCGUUACGGUUGGGUGCCCUCGGAGGAGGCAGCUGUCCGCCCGCACCUUGCACCGCCACCUCCCGUGUACCAGCAGUCCUUAGCGAGGAGCAGGUCCCGCACGCCGUCACCCCCCAACCUCAGCCCGAGGAAACGUUCAGCAGAAGAGAUGACCGUGGCGCACCCUUCAUUUUGCCAGGCACCAGUGCAGGCCGGGUCCUUCGCGGGUAUGUUUGGCGGCGGUAACGCCAGUGCAGUUGGCUCUGUCUUCGGCUCUGACCUGGCGCUGUUCGGGGGAGUCGGUGGUGCUGGAGCUGGCACAGGAGCCGAUGGUGGCGUGGUGGGCGUCGGGGCGGAGGAUUUUACCCUUCCCGGUUUUGGAGCUGAUUUCAGCAAUAUGUGCCGUGAGAUGGGUCUAGGAGACGUCGACGCAUCGCGCGGUCUCGGCGGACCCAGUGCUGGACUGACUGCGGCAAGGCACAAUGGAAUCGCCGCUGGAGCGCAGCUGGCUUCUGCCGCGCCCGACCAGAUCAAGGGAUACUCCGAGCGUCAGGUCAUCUCCGAGUUUGGCGGCGGUGAUGUGACCGUGGGCACAAUGUUGGAAAACGAUGCUAUGUUUUCACUGACGCAGAUGCUUGGAGACGUUCCUGAGGGUAACAUCAGCCAUGCUGGCGCGCCGGUGGCGGUGCCUUCAGGUCCCUCCAGCUUUGCAGGGAUGUUCGCUGGGGGUUCAAUUGCAGACGUUAUUGGCAUGCCACGUCAGAAGUUGAAGCAACCGGGCAUCGCUGGCAAGCCCCGAGGCGGAGAGAAGAAGCCCAGACAACCGUACAACAAGAAACCUGCCAAUCUGGGUCAGCCGUACGUGUCGUCCCUGGUCAUGACCGGACCAGCUGUUCACGGUGCAAUUGUGCCAGGAUACAUCAACAACGGAAAAGGUUUUGUUCCUGUGCAGCAGCAGCCGGUCGAAAGCGCCGCGGCUUAUUACCCGCACAUGGCGCCCCAAGGGGACAUGGCAGCGAACAUGGCGAAAGAAGCGGCCGCAAGUGCAAGUCUUGGGGCGUGA